UUCACAGUCAACCAGUAAGAGUGCUAAAUAUAACCAGGGUCAACAUAUUAGAGCUCAAGCAGGAAUAUACACGCAUACAUGCAUGCACCUCAGCUGACCAACAAAGCAGACAAAAGAGCUCAUUCAUUGUAGUUCCACAAGCCUCUAACUGGGCCUUCACACUGGACUUCUUGGAAGAUUCUCAAGGGAACCCUGAUGAAAUGAUACCAAGGCAAAUCAUUAUGCAAGAAAACCCAAACUAAACUGAUUGGAUACAGCAUUAAUGGGCCUCUUAGAGAAGCCUGAGAUUGGCCAGGGUCUGUCCAGUCCUGAUCCACUGGUUCGAGAAGCUUACCUAAUGGUCUACGACUAUAUCAACUAUGUAACAGCAAAUCCGGACACAACGCUAGACCCGGCACCUUCUAAAGCCUCGGCAGCGUUGCGGCACGCAGGAGACGAGCUCCUCCAGCGCUUCCCGAUCUUCUUCCGUCGCUGGCCACGUGUCUUCCAGGAUGUGACGGAGGAGACAGCGUGUCCUACGCUGCUGUACAUCCUGGACGAGCACUUCUCUCAGUCGAGGCGUAGGGACAUGGCCUGGAGCGCCGUACUCUCCGUGUUUGUGCUUGCUGGUCAGAUGGCACUACACUGCCAAAAGAGUGGUAUGAACAACGUUCUGCCCGAGAUCCAGCAGUCUGUAGGCAACUUCGUUGAAAGAGUCAUCUGCCCUGAGAUCAGGGACAAGGGAGGAUGGUCAGGCUUCGUGGUUCGCUUUGAGGAGAAGCAGACUUUAGAGGGCCAGGUAAAGAACGUGUGUUGCUGGAGUUUGCUCAUUCUGAGCAUGGGGAUCCUCGCCUACUUCCUGUGGAAAAGAAGAAUAAUUUGGUACGCAGUGCCCUCGUGUGGGUAAUGAGGGAACUGCAAGGUAACACAGGACAGUGUUGUCUUGUCUGGUGGACUGAAUUAUGUUUGAAAAGUUUGUAUUACACAUCAUACAUUCAACAAGCAGCACCUCCUUUGCUACACCUAACAAGUGUUUGGUAGCAGGACAAUGUUUACUGAUACCAGCGGUGUAAAGUAAUUGAGUAAAUGUACUUUGUUACUGUAUUUAAGUAGUUUGGUGGCUACUUUCCAGUUUUAGAAUAGAGUAGCUUUUGUCACUCAUACAUUACAGCACAGUGAAAUCCUUUUCUUCGCAUAUCCCAGCUUGUUCGGAACCUGGGGUCAGGGCGCAGGGUUGGCCAUGAUACUGGAGCACAGAGGGUUAAGGGCCUUGCUCAAGGGCCCAAGAGUGGCAGCUUGGUGGUACCAGUGCUUGAACCACUGAGCUUCCACUCCCCUUUACUGAGUAUCACAGAAGAGGCAGAAGAGGCAAUAUUUAAUUUGUCCAUUGAAUACUAACGGUUCUACUUUGUGACAUGAUCCAAUCCAAUCUAAUCUCAU